AUGGGCAAAUCCGACGCCGACGUCGUUUCCGAGUUCAACGAGUAUGUCAACAUGACCGUUCCCGAACUGGAAGAGUGGCUCUCCUCUUCCGAAUCGCAAGAGAGCGGUUGGGGCGAUGCGGGAGAAGGCGAAUCCGUCGGUCACGAAUCUGGUCGCAAGAUUGUGGACAUUUUGAAGCGCAACCCCAAAAAGCAGGAGGACAAGUAUACGGAAGAGGAUCUGCAGCACAUGAGAAAGGUCGCUGCUUACUGCAAGAGGCAUCUCGCUCAGGAAGGUCCUCUCAAGGACCGCAAGUCAGAAGACGAGCUGAAACAGACGAAAUCCUACAAGAGCCUGGCAAAUUGGGGU